AUGGGGCGCUACGUCCCUCCAGACGUCGAAGGCACAAUCUCCGCCAACGCCCUCCACAAAAAACACCCCCUCGGCGCCCGCGCCUCCAAACCAGGCUCCCUGACAGUCCGAUUCGAGCUCCCUUACGCAGUGUGGUGCAGCACCUGUCCGAAGCCCACAAUUAUAGGCCAGGGCGUCCGCUUCAACGCUGAGAAGCGCCGCGUCGGUAGCUACUUCUCCACGCCCAUCUGGAGCUUUAAACUCAAACACGUCGAGUGUGGCGGCGAGAUCGAGAUCCGCACUGAUCCCAAGAACACGGCGUAUGUGGUUGUCGCGGGCGGCGCGAAGAGGGAUACGGGCGAGGACGUACCGCGCGAGGGAGAUAAUGUUAUAAUGACGGAUCAGGAACGCGAGGCGCUUAGGAAGAAUGCCUUUGCGAGUCUUGAGAAGACAAUUGAGGAUAGGGAGCAACUCAAGAAUGCGACGCUGCGUAUAGAUGAGCUUCUUGAAGCAUCGGCGAAACACUGGGACGAUCCGUAUACGCAGAAUCAAAAGCUACGGAAGGCUUUCAGAGUAGGACGCAAGGAGCGCGAGCACGAUGCAGCAGCAACGGAAGAUUUGCAGGAUCGCAUGAGUCUUGGCAUCGAUAUUGUGCCUGGUACAGAAGAUGAUGCUCGUCGCGCAGCUCUCGUUGACUUUGGUUCUGUGGAAGAUGGUCGAGAUCGAGCUUUGUCGAAACCGUUGUUCAAGACUGAAGAGAAUAAGAAGAAAUUCGGCGAUUCAAAGAGUGGGAGCAAGCUUAAAGCCGACAAGGAAGUUUCGAAGCGGAAAGAGACGUUUGUGUCGGAACUCAUGGGAAAUACUCGUGCUGCUAAAGAUCCUUUCUUGAAUGAUGGGCGAAUUGAGACAAAGGGGCCUGCAAGAUUACCUGGUGUAAAGCGGAAACGUCCAGCCCAAGAAGCAGAGUCGCAUACUUCUAAACCACCAGCCAAAGCGCAGGUGAGAGCAGCAGAGAAGAUGCCAACAGGUUUGGUAGAUUAUGAUUCGGAUUAA